AUGCUAUUCUUCAAAGUCCUUGCGGCCUUGGCGUCAUUGCCACGGGCGCUGGGCGUCGCGGACUUACUUCUGAUAAAACCUGUCAGUGGAGCAUAUUAUACAGCGACCGUAGACUACCAGCAAGCCAUCGCGCUUGGUUUUACCGUCGAUGCAGUCAAUACCACACAAUGGCUUGCUAUGACCACCAGUGCCUUCUCCCAAUACAAGUCUCUAGUGGUGAACCCCUAUGGAGUCGCCAGUGGUGGUGAUUUCUCCUCCUUCAAGUUCCUCAUCGACUCCAAAGCACGAUGGGCCCCCGCGGUAACGGGAAAUAUGAUUAUAGUCGGAACCGAUCCCGGGAAUCACGGGAGGACCAUUCCAGGCGCCGCGGCUUUGAUAUCACACAGCGUCAACUUUACUGCCCGUGGAAGCGGCCCAGGGUUUUAUUUGCAGAUGCCCAGCACCGGUGGCGACGCCACUGUAGGCACCAAGGUCGAUCCUCUUGAUUACUUUGGGCGCUUCAUGUAUCGAACU